UACUAUCUCGCAAGAAUCAUCAAGGUGGAAGUUCGUUUAAGAAGUUGUAUCGUAAUAUUCCAUGACACGGGCCGGCAAGAAACCAUUAAUUGGUCAAGUCUCUUUCCUUUGGUGAGCUAUAUACAUUAAUUCUAUUCUCAUUUCAUUUACAGUAAAUUGUACAUGCAAUGCCAAAAACAACUGUUAAUUCUAAAAAUUCGUUACCUUGACCAUGCAGCUUCACAGGAAUCGUAUUGAACAAUAGUAUAUUAUAUAAUAACGUUAAGAAUUCAAGCGCUUUCAUUGGUCGAGAGCCAUGAUCUAUUAGAGGACGGAAUUACGUCACACACUUUAAUAUGUACAGCCAAUCACAACACAGCACGUGAUUUAAGGUAGCCAAUAGCAUUCCCUUAUUUGUAUAGAUCAUGUGCGCGUGAUAUUUGUAAUAUUUCGACUUUAUCAAAUGUCAAAAAAAGUAUGUGGGUGGAUAAAAAGUAAGCUAUUUACCUGUUUAAUUCGGGGGUUUUCUUUGGCUUGUGAGCCACUUUUUUGUUUUUCCCACAUUAUGACGCCAUAGUGUGUAUCUAUAACUGAACAGACAACAGCAAAAUCUUAUCUAUUUGUUAAUUGUUAAAUAGAUAUAUGUUAUUUACCUACCGGUUGGUAUAGGCCGGAUUGAAAAAGAUUUUAUAAAGAGAUUUACCCGGAAAUAAAAAAAUAUCACUAGGCAUGCACAAAUAAAAAUAUAUUCAUUUAUAUAUUCGGUUUCCAUUGUUAUAUUAUUAUAGUGAGCAUUUAAAUAUAUAUUUAAAUAUAUAUAUAUAAAUAUAAGUAAAUAAAUAUAAAUAUAUAAAUAUAGUACGAUCUGCAGACAUGCAUGUUUCGGCGUUCUACGCCUCGUCAGCAUAAUUAUGCUUCCUGAAUUGCUCGUUAUCGCUAUCACGAGUAUACUGUAUAGUAUCUUUUAAUUAUAAAUAUCCGAUUUCUAUUUGAAUUCAAUAUUAUAUUAAUACAUUUUAUAGGACAUGCAAGCAAAUAGUGAUCAUUCGUUUCAUUUCCAAAGAAGCCCUUUUCCUCAUGCAUCACCUGCACCGAUCCAAAAUUGGUGUAUGCAGCAAGGGCCAUCAUUUACACCCCAGUUUAACCAUUCAAGACCAACCAUACCAGGUGAGUGAAGUUUUUCACUGGCUUUUGUUGCUAAAUCUUCGGGUUUUGAUUGAAUACGAUGAUGAAUUUUGGAUGGUAUGGAAGGUACAUGUUGAAUAUUGGCGGUGCAUUUAUAUUCGGCCUACGAAAAUUAAUUGUGGAACUUUUUGAUUCCAUAAUGUCCGGAGGAUCACUUAGAAAAUUGUUAUCUUCAUUGCCAUUGGAAUGUUCUCACUUUCCAAAACGCAACAAAGUUACAACAAAGACCAUUACGGUGGAAUUUCGGAUAGAUAUACGAAUACCAAAUAAAACGGUCUUUGUAAAAAUAUUUCACGGCAAGUUUGUUUCAUGCAGUAAUCAGUAUAUUUUGCGAAUUUUAAAACAAAGCUUGAAACCGGCAUUUGCAGUAAGUUCCAGAUUUUGAAUUGUCAAAUCAAUGUCUUCAUUGUUUACUACAAUUAAAAUAUGAAAAGCUAUUCACAUUUAUGGAAGUUAAAUUAUAACUUUCAUUCUUCAUUUUCUUGGGAGUGAUACAUUUGUUAUAUAAUUAUGACACAUGCAGAAUUUUUGCUGAGACAAAACCAUAGAACAACCUGCUCAACUGACCAAUCAGAACGCGCGAAAGCUCAUUCCCCAUUCCAGACUUGUACAUGAUGUAAAGCUUUAAAGGUGAUCUACAGUCCGAUCUGCGCAUGUGCACAAAUGAGCCCACUUUUUAUGAUACAAACAGUUUAACUAUGUUUUGAGUUCUUGAAAAGCCUGAUUGUUGUUUCUUGAUCAUUUAUUAUACUCUAGAAGCUUGAAAAUAUAAAUAGUUGUCGAAUAAAGCUCAAUAUUUUGGACACAAAAAUGUAAACAAAGGCUUUGUUUACAUACGGACUGUAGAUCACCUUUAAUAUAAUCCACCUUAAGUAAAAAAAAUACAGUGGACUUACAAAUUCAUGAACAUUAUACUAUAUUGUACUAAAGGUAUAUUAUUGUACUGUGUAUAUGAAUGCGUAUAUAAAGCAAGGCUUUGUUUAACUGUAAGUUUUUAAAUCAAUCUUGAAUUAUUCUAGUAAAUUUAUGGGGUAAAAACAAACAUUAAUUUAAAUUACUAUCAAUAUGCAGUUUAAGCUGUAAGAGCCUAACCUCGAUGUUCCAUUGAUUUUAAUCUAUUGAAAUUUGAAACUGCGACGUGAAAACGUAUUUCCCAACCUGACAAGGUUGCGUUUUUCUCGAUAUAUAUUUAUUUCUCAGUAAUAUUUCGUCUCGUAUAUUUAGGAAACCAUGCUGUCCAGGAUAGUGUAAUGCGACAACACUCACAACGACCAACACAAGCAUUUUACAGACCACCAAGGGGAACAAAGGACUGA